UGUUCGUCGCCCAGUUUGGUUUCGCUUUGCGGCCUGAUUUAAUAGUUCUUUCAGUACCAGUUCUGCAUGCACAUCAAGGACAUGAUGAUGGUAGGUGCCUGAUGGGUUGAACUUCAUCCUUCUUUCAAAGUGUGGGCUGUGCCCCUGCCUAUCAGCACCGCAGAAGCCAUACUCAUUUCGGCUCGGCGGCAGGCACUGGCCUCGUUGUACUCAUGCGGCUUGCGGAUAUAUAGCUGGAAUUACCCCGCUGGAGUCGAAAUUGGUUCAGUCAGCAAUGUCUUCCUCAACGCAGGACCUCAUCCCACAAAUUGACCUUAGGAGCACGUUCGGGGCACUUUUUAUUGGUGUCAUCGUUGCAGCAGUUCUCUUUGGCGCAACCAACGUUCAAGCUUUCGUCUACUUUCAGACGCAUAGGGACACGGGAAGAACAUUCUAUAAGCUCGUUGUCAUCUGGCUUUGGAUACUUGAUACUCUGCACCUGGCCUUGAUCAUCCAUUGCGUCUACUAUUAUCUAGUGAUCAACUAUGCGAACAUUGGUGCACUCACGGAUGUUGUAUGGAGUUUUAAGCUUCAGAUAAUAAUCGACGUUUUUAUCGUCUAUGGGGUCCAUGUCCUAUAUGUCCAUCGCUUAUGGAUAGUCAGCAAAGGCCGAUCAAGAGUUCUCCCUAUAAUAGUGGGCAUAAUCGUGGUAUUGGUUUCAGGUGUCGCCAUCACCCUUAUGUGGGCAAUAUAUCAGUGCCAUGUGUUCGCGGAUCUGGUUACAAUCGAGUGGUCGACAUACAUGACUUUGGGAACGAUUACUUUCCUCGAUAUCAUCAUUGCAUCAUCGCUGUGUUAUUUCCUGGCUACCUCCCGUACUGGCUUCUCUGGUACCGAUUCUCUCGUCACAAAGCUCAUGGGUUAUAUCGUCAAUACCGGCUGUCUGACGAGGUAUUCCUCCUUCGAGCCUAUCCCAUAUCUCGACUCAUAUCUCGUGCAGUAUGUGUUCAAUGGCAGUUAUGAUUACAGUGAGGUUACAACGGCUGUGUCGUCCAUCUCGUCUCUGAGGGUCACAUACAUGGCUAAAUUAUAUGUCAACUCGUUCCUCGCACUCCUGAACGCGCCAUACUACCUGCAGUCCAACACAGGCACUGUCGAUUCUUCUAUGCGCCACGGCGUCUACCGUCCAGAACUACACCACGGCGUGUCGCAGGACGAAGAAUCCCAGACAUCCCGGAAGAACAUGAUGGUCAAACAUCCCGACGAUGAAGUGGCGGUACAUCCGAUUCCAUCUGUCAUGCCACAGGGGCCGUUGGAGGUGAUGGUGGAGAUGAAUUCCUUCUCGUCUGUGUAAUGGAUGAUGAUGCAUGUAUUGUUAUCUGUCCGUCUUGUCACGAGAUAGGACAUUGUGAGUUCUUAUUAAAUUAUCACACUAAACAGUUUUGGGGAACGAGAGCAGUCUAGGCCACUACACCUGCACCUGCAGGUUACAAUAAAAUAUCGUUACUGAGAACUGUAUACAAGUGCACAUACGACUUCCUGC